AUGAUUCGCUGGCUGUCGUUACUUCUCUUAGUCUCUGUUGGAUUUUGUCACCAAUACUUGAGUCCUUUUGACUUUCUCAAGUAUGAGGAAGCUGUUGUGAACACAGAUCCCAGUGUGGUUAUCACUGUCACUCCCAAUCAGUUGAAUAAAUCAGGGGAUUGGGUUACAGUUGCUUGGGAUGGUGUAUCUCAUCCAGCAGAUACUGACUGGAUUGGUGUGUAUGCUCCACCAAAUGGAGAGGAGUCCAUCGACCCAUCUAAAAUUGCACCAGUCAAAUAUCAAUAUUGUAAGGAAUCUUCCACUUAUUUGUCUUCUGGUAAAGGUUCUUUUAAGAUUCGUCUGGUCAAUGUGAGGACUCCUUACGUGUUUGCAUUACUAACAGGAGGUUUUGAUGCUCCUUCUCUCGUUGCUACAUCUAAGCAGGUCACAUUCUCCAGUCCCAAUGAGCCACUCCAGCCUCAUCUAGCACUAACCAAUGACCCAACUACCCUAUUAUUGACAUGGAACACUAGAGAUUCUAAAGAGCCAAAAGUCAAGUUUUGGCAAAAUACGACAACUAAUAUAAGGACUCAGGCAGCUACUUCGAAUAAAUACACUAGCAAGGACAUGUGUGGGCCUCCAGCUACUACUGUAGGAUAUAUUGACCCAGGAAUGCUUCAUACUGCUAAACUGUCAGGAUUAACACCUGGUCAAGAGUAUAACUAUCAGUUUGGUGAUGAUCCUGAGUGGAGUCAAGUGUUCUCAUUUCGUAUGCCUCCUGCCCCUUCACCUAAUGCUAGCAUCACCUUCAUUGCCUUUGGAGAUAUGGGUGAAGCUCAGGUGGAUGACACACUCCAACCAAUUCAUGCACAGCCUCCAGCUAUCAACAACACUAACCUCAUGGCAAAGGAAGUGAAUGAGAGAGACCUAGUACUUCACAUUGGAGACAUUAGCUAUGCAAGGGGCUAUGCUGGAGUGUGGGAUGAGUUCUUUGAUCUCAUUCAGCCGAUAUCAUCUCGAGUCCCUUACAUGGUGUGUGGUGGCAAUCAUGAAAGAGACUACCCACACUCUGGUUCUUAUUAUGAAGGUACUGAUUCUGGUGGAGAGCCAAUGUACAUUGAUAGCACUGCUGGAGUUCAGACUGCUAGUGAUUUGGUAGUUUCUAAAGAACUACAGGACAAUGUUGAGCCACUACUCCUGGAAUACAAAGUUGAUUUAGCAUUUUGGGGUCACCACCACUCCUACCAGAGGACAUGUCCUGUUGCUAAGAAAGUCUGUCAGGAUGAUGGAACUGCUCCAGUUCAUGUCGUCAUUGGAAUGGCUGGACAAUCACUCUCUGGAAAUAUACAAGAAAAGCAACCAGAUUGGAUUCGGUUCGUUAAUGUUCAUGAUUAUGGUUAUACCAGGAUAAGUGUUAGUCCACUCUCCCUCACAUUGGAGUACAUAAAAUCUGAUGCUCAAGUAGCUGAAACAAAGAUACCCCAUAUCACUUCUAAUAAUACAGCUCCUAACACUUCUACUGCUGGUAAUACUAAUAUUGCUAGUGCUAAAACUCAUUCAAAAGCUUUGGGAUCAUCAGAAGUUGAGAUUAUGUUUUCAAGAUUAUGA